GCACAUCGUAACUAUUAUAUUUAUUUAUUAAUCGGCGCCUCUCCUUCUCUCUCCGGUCAUACGCCUCCACCGGAUUGGGCCAUCUCACCCUCGCUUCUUCCUCUCCGGCGACGGCAAAUCAUAAUUUUUACUUCCUCUCACCGUCCGUCGAGUGGAGCAUGUACACUGAUAUGGAUCCUCGUCAAUUCGAACACUCCGUUGUGGAUGAUAAUGAUAUUCACAGCAUUGUAAUGUCAUAUCUUCUGCACAACUGCUUCAACGAAACUGCAGACUCCCUCGCUUCUUGUACUGGUGUUAAACAACCUUCUGAUGAUCGUGAUAAUAUCCAGAGAAGAAAACAAAUCAUACAUUUUGUAAUGGAGAUGAAGGCAUUGAAGGCUGUUGAACUAACUGAACAGUUAGCUAAAGACUUGCUUGAGAAAAACAAGGAUUUGCACUUCGAUCUUCUACGCCUUCAUUUUGUUGAGCUAGUCUGUGCUCGGAAAUGCAAUGAAGCUAUUGAAUUUGCUAAGACAAUAUUGGCUCCUUUUGGGACGGUUCAUAAAUACGUAGAAAAGCUUGAAGACGCAAUGGCAUUGCUGGCUUAUGAUGACCCUGAGAAAUCCCCAUUGUUCCAUCUCUUGAGCUCUGAAUACCGACAACAGGUUGCCGAUAAUCUCAACCGCACAAUUCUUGAACACACAAACCAACCAAGCUACACACCAAUGGAAAGGAUCAUACAACAUGUGACAGUUGUCAGACAAUACUUGACUGAGGAGAACGGCAAAGAUGCGUUUCCUCCAUUCUCUUUGAAGGAUUCUCUCAAAGGCUAAGAUUGGGGGACUACUCCAGAGUUUGCUAGGAGGAGGAUAUGCUAAGCAUUGUCAUGUAAAUACCUAAAGGCUUUGCUCAUCUCCAUUUAUUGAAUCUGUCUUCAUCUCCAGCAAACAUGGAGACAAGGUUAGUCUUCCAUGGCCACAGGAGAGAGUUCCGGUUUGCUGUUGCAGGAAAUCAAUACGUGAAGGGCAGUAUCUGUUUGGUUUGGUUUGGUUCAGUUCUCUAUCGGGAAAUUGUUUCCUUAACUUUUGUGCGAGUUUGGUCGAUAAAUCUGUGAUUCAAAUCCUUGGAAAACAUAUUUAACUUUGUAACUAUCGUUUAUGUUUUGGUAAAGAACACCCACAAUUCAAGAUU